AUGAUUCCACCUUGUGUGCCGUGGUUUUGGUACAGAUUAACCAUGACCAGAUAUAAACAACCAAAAAAGUUGGAGAAUUUGGCUUUAAUGAGGCUCGGUGAUUGGAUAGCAGGUCAAGCGGAAAGACAAAUGGAGUCUGCAGCAAAGCUCGCUCAUGAAAGUAUUAGUAAUGCGCAAGUUGUUCUAGCGCAGAACAUCGAUGUUAUUCGCUUUUAUUUAGAUAUCAACGUUCCAUGGAUGGUCUACGACUCAUUAGCAGUUGAAACAAUUAGAGCGUUAUCUGACUUAUUAGAAAAAACUAAAAACUCAUUGGGGUUUGGAGGUUCUAUGGGGGGAUGGAAAACUGCAGAUAUGGAAGGAGCUGUACAAUUUACUGAUGAUUUUAUGUUUCAAAUAUUAGACAAAAAUCCACUUAUACACUUAAGGGAAUUACGUAUUUUGCAAUCAGAUUUCAUGACUGUGACUUCUGUGGAAAGAAUAUUACAAAGUUGUAUGAAUUUAGAAAUAUUAGUAGAGCUAGAAAGUUGGGCUCUAUUAACGGAUAGUGACCGCGAGUUUAUAAGGAAUUUUAUUAAAAUUAACAAUUUUAAUGUCGAUACUAGCCCUAUAAGAAGAUACGAUGCAUGA